AUGUCAACAAUAACGAUCACGAGAAGUACCAAGUGGCACCCAACACCACCGCCACCACCGAGCCCCAAAAUCCUCAACCUCCCUCACAGCCGCAGAACCCGCCGGAAACAGCACAAAACCACCACCAAAAACUACCCAUUUGGUUUGCACCAAAAGUAUUACACUUACAAAGGAAAGCUUGAAUCCCUGUUCGAUCAAGAAAAUGGUUUUGAGCCCCCCAUAGUGUUGUUGAACUCAAACUUAAACUCAAUGUCAUCAUCGGGCGGUGAAAGAAGAGAGAGAGUUGAAGAAAAAGAAGAGUGUGGAGGAGGUGGUGGGUUUGAGGAGGAGAAAUGGAGGUUUCAAGCAGAAAUUUUAAGGGCUGAGUGUAAUUUUCUUAGAAUGGAAAGAGAAUUUGCUUUGAAGAAAUUGGAAAGGAACAGAGUUAAAAUGGAGAGGACUCUCAGAUCAGCUGUUCAAACCCUUGUUUCUGGAAGAAAUAAGAUUUUUGAAGGGAAGAGUGUGAGUGCAGUGUUGGAGGAAGAGAUUGAAGAUUUAGCAGAAAAGCUAGAGGAGUUAACAAAGAGUUUCACAGCUAAAGGCCGUGAGUUUCGAAAUUGUAGUAAUUUCGAUAAGAAAGCGUGUGUAUUACAGCGCCGGUUAGAGAAGCUUGGAGGGUUAUUGGAUGAUAAUUCUGCGAAGGAGUCGCAGGAACUAACUGAAACAAGCUCCUCCAUCACUACAUGUCACAAUAUAGUUCAAGAGAGCUCUGCUUUAAGUCAGAUAAGCAAAAAUAAGUCCACCAAUGGGGAUGAGCUGAGAAGAAAUAUGGAGGGACUGUCAAAAGAUGGUGAUGAGGAAGAUUUUGGAUCACUUCUUUCUAGUACUGCCAAUAGUUCUGUUGCCAGUUCUGCUUCCACUUCCACUUCCAAAAGAGUCGAUCAGGGUCCUGAUCAGGAAUCAAUGUUACACGAGAACAAAUGCUCUGGACGUUGCAAGGCCAUUGUGCGGAAGAUUGUAGACCAGGUGAGAGCCGAGACGGAGCAAUGGUCCCAAAUGCAAGAAAUGUUGAGGAAGGUGAGGGGAGAAAUGGAAGAACUGCAGGCAUCACGUGAUUGCUGGGAAAAUCGAGCUAACAAUUCAGAAUAUGAAAUUCAAUCCCUAAAACAAACCGUGGAAGACUGGAGAGAAAAAGCUCUCAGUUUUGAAUACAAGGCCAACGGACUACAAACUGAAAUAUCUGCACUUAAGGAAGAGCUUCGGGAGUCAAAAACAGAACCAAACUCAAGAGAAAAUAAGGAGAUAAUAUCAGUUCCAGAUGAAAAGGAAAAUCUCCUGCCAGUUUGUUCCGUGAAGAAAAACCAUCGUAUGGAGGAUAACGGUUGUAUGAGGAAGAAUUCCAAGGAAGAGUCUAAUGUAGAACGAAAAGAUGAGUUAAUGAUAACCAAGGAUUUCCCUCAGAUUUCUUUGGGCAAACAACUUGCAAGGGAGAAGCGCAUGCUUCUUCGUCAGUUGAGGGAAAAUCGUUGUGCAAAUAACAAAGGCAGCAAAGAGGAGCUUGAUGGAAGAAGAAAAGCACAAACACACGCAAAUGUACAUGUGGCACCUAAGCAGUCGCCAUUGCGGGAUAUUGGCAAUAUUUCACCAUUGGUGAGGCAAUAUAGCAAAGCAAUUUUCCCUUUGCAAAGCCCUGAGAAUUGCAGAAUGAAAGAAAGCUUUAGAAGAUGA